GUGACGUCAUGACGCAGUCCCGCCAUGACUGUUUGUGGUAGUUUGUUAUCGUCCGCUCCGGUUCAGAGUCUUUAAGUCACACCACCAUGAACAGGACCACCAGUCUCUAAGUCUCCUCUUGGUCCCCUUCAGACCACCAUGAACAGGACCAACUGCUGCGUGAAGCACUGCCGGCAGUCCACCUUCGGUGACCCCGCCGGAGGGAAGCCUGGGAGCGGCCUCACCUUCUACUCCUUCCCCGCCUGGAGGAGGAACGAAGGGAAGGAGGUCUCCGAGCUGACCAUGAGGAGGAGGGCCGCCUGGGUCGCUGCUGUGGGCCGCUGGAACAUCACCUUCAACUGCAUCCCCACCUCCAUGAGGGUGUGCUCCAGACACUUCCACUCAGGUAAACCAGCCUACGAGAUGCUGCAGUCAGACCCAGACUGGGCUCCCUCACUGAAGCUGGGUCACGCUGAAGGAAGUGGCCAACACGCCAAGCGUCUCCUCCUCGCCGUCAGAGACAAAAAGACAAAGAAGAAGAGAGAAAGGGAACUGAACGAGGAAAAGGAAGUGAAGAAGAGACGGUUAGAUGUGUCCAGACCUCCUCAGUGCGGACCAGAGGGAGGGGGACCAGAGGGAGGAGGACCAGAGGGAGGAGGACCAGAGGGAGGAGGACCAGAGGGACCAGGACCAGAGGGAGGAGGACCAGAGGGACCAGGACCAGAGGGACCAGAGGGAGGAAGAGGUCCUCUGAGAGCGACCGAUCGUCCCUGGAGAGAAGUCAGAUCUCUGCUGCUGUCGGUCCUGAAGCAUCCUGCAGACCAGACGCACGAGGAAGCAGUGCAUGCUGGGAAGGAGACAGACUUCAGGGACUUCUUCAGAGAGUCCCUCAGGGCGUCUCUGGAAGACUUCAGCAAGUCCAGGACCCUGCCGGUCCAGCAGGCCCCCAUCUACGUGGACCUUAAAGAGGAUCGAGAUCUGAGGUCCUCCUCGUCUUCGUCCUGUGUGAACUGUGUGCUGCUGCAGAGGAAGGUCAUCGAGCUGCGGGAGGAGCUGUCUCUCGCCUCAGGAGGUCAGGGGGGCGGGAGGGUCCCACCUGUCACUAUCAGGGCUCACCGGGUCCAGCAGAGACCAGAGGUGGCCCAGAUAGAAGAGACGGUCCCGGACUGGGCGGAGCCUAUUGAUGGAGACCCCGAAGCAUCGUCGCCCAGCAGCUGUCCGCUCUGCAUCCGCCCCCCCUCCAGGAGACAGCCUCGCCCCUUCAGGAAGAUCUGGCUCCACAUGUUCUGGUUCCUGCGAUACUCGGCGAGCCGCAACAUCAUGUGGUGUCACGUGUGCCGUCUCCACGACGACAAGAAGCACCGCGACAAAGAGAUGGUCAAAGGCACCCGCAAGUUCAAGCUGGACAACAUCCGGCGUCACGGCUCCCGGCUCUACCAUGUGGACAACGUGGAGCGCUACACCAAGCAGGCGGGCAGCCGGACGCCCGGAGACGCCUUCAGGGUCACGGAGCGUCCGGGCGGAGGAGAGAGUUCAGAGACCUUAAAGAUGACCUCAUCAGAGAUACAGAUAUAAACAACACAAACAUCUAAAGUUACAGAGAGGAGAGAGCUCUGAAACACUGAGGUGUCCUGCAGGGGGCGCUGUGACUGUUCACCCUGUGAUGACAUGCUGCUGUUUUUAUUUACAGUUUAUAAAAACAAACAUGAUUAAAAUGUUAAAACAUGA